AUGUUGGAAGCGCUCGUCCAAGCCAGCAGUGGCUAUCGGGUCGACCUGGCCCUCUCCUUCGUCGUCCUGCUGGUCGUUUCAUACAUUGCUCGACUCGUCAGCCAUCGCCAGAGAUAUUCGAAAUUCCCCUUGCACGCUGACAAGUCCAACCCGAAGCAGAUGCUAUUGUCUGGCUUUGCCAAGUAUAAAAAUGCCUUCCAUAUCGACACUGCCAUUGGCAAGGAUAUCAUUCUCUCAGCAGAUUAUGCCAACGAACUCAAGAGCGACCCUCAUCUCGACUUCGCCAAAGCCAUCCUUCCUACCCUCCUUACCCAUCUCUCAACCUUCCAUCACAUCGAAGAAGCUGGUAAGAACCAGGUAUUGACCGAGACUAUUCGAAGCAAGCUUUCGCGUUUACCAGUGCAUCUGAAGCAGGCCGUGUCCAACGAGGCAAGAGAAGUUAUUCGUAAUAAGUUUACUGACGACGAAGAAUGGCAUGAAAUCCCCAUCAAGGAGACUAUCGUGAAGAUUGUGGCCCGGGUGUCAUCCAGGGUUUUCCUUGGAGAGGAACUUUGCCGCAAUGAGGAAUGGCUGAGAAUUACCUCUGAAUAUACAGUCAACCUGUUCAUUGCCAUCAACGAGCUUACGACUUGGCCAGCAUCUGUCCGCCCAAUUGUCCAGUGGUUCCUCCCUACAUGCCAGCGACUACGUCAACAGGUCGCAGAUGCCCGGCGACUGAUUCAACCAGUUAUCGAUGGACGGCAUGCGGAAAACGAUGAACUCCGACGUCAAGGCAAGCCUCUAAAGCAGCAUGAGGACGCUAUCGCGUGGCUCGAUGAGAAGGCCGGCGGCCGAUCGUUCGAUGCCGCGAUUGCCCAGCUCAGUCUAUCCUUUGUAUCCAUACAUACUACCACAGACCUUUGUACUCAAGCUAUCUACGACAUCUGCGCCAACCCAGAGCUCAUACAACCCCUUCGGGAGGAGAUAAUCAGCGUUCUUGGAAGCCGUGAGUUGGAUACUACCGCCCUGUACCAGAUGAAGCUGUUGGAUAGUGUGAUCAAGGAGAGUCAAAGGCUCAAGCCCGCCGGCCUCCUAUCCAUGAAGCGAUACGCAACGCAAGACGUCACUCUUUCGGAUGGUCUUGUUGUCCCCAAGGGAACAAGCAUAUCUGUAUCUAGCCAUGUUCACUGGGAUGAGUCUGUGUACCCGGAGCCCAACAAGUUUGAUGGAUACCGUUUCCUCAAAAUGAAAGGAGAUCGCGAGAAGGAUCGAAUGGCCAACCUGGUCGCUACCAGCCCAGAGCAUCUUGGAUUUGGACACGGCAUCCACGCCUGCCCUGGCCGAUUCUUCGCCGCAGAUGAAAUCAAGAUUCUCCUCUGCCACAUUUUGCUUAAGUACGACUUUAAGCUGCCUGAGAAGAGCAAUACCACCCCUUACAUACUACCGGGUGGAGCUUAUAUGUCCGCCAGUGCACAACUUGACAUCAGGCGAAGAAAGGAGGAAAUCACCCUAUGA